AUGAAUUACUUGAAAUUAUCUACAAAGGACAUACGAUCGUUAGACCUAAUUUACAAAAUUAUUACAGUUUUUGGAAUAAGUCCUAGCUACGAUUUUAAACAUGACAAAAUAAUUUAUCCAAAUGUGACCAGAUUUUACGGAUUCGUUCUUUCAACUUUUUUAAUAGUGUUACAAUUUGUUUCAAUGCAAGAUUCCUUCAAAUAUCUCAACAGAAGUGAACUCAUAACAUCAAAAAUAGUUAGUUUUGUCAAUGGCAUUUUGCUGGUAAUGUCCGUGUUAACAAUGAUUCUGAGUUCUUUUAUUUUUAACCAAAAGAAAUGGUCCUCCCUCAAUAAAAAUUUUCAAUUCGUUGAUAAAAAAUUAAAUAAUCGAAACAGCAAGUCUCGGAUAUUUUACGAAAAUUUCAAUUUCCAGUAUGGAUUCAUUUUGACUCUAUUUGUACUUGGACAGAUUUAUGUCUUUUGUUCUGUAAUCCAUUCAGAGGUGAUGUUCAAAAGUGGUUAUUGGUUACACCAAAUCUGUCACAUUUGUGAGGUCAAUACAAUUUUUUUAGUAUGCAGUAUAUUAACAAUUUUCAAAAUACGAUACAGCGACUUGAACAAAAUAUUCCAAUCGAAUAAAAUUUCGGUCGGUUUGAUUCGAGACACGGCGGUUCUUUACCGGUUAUUGGGCGACAAUGUUGCCAACUUCAAUAAAAUUUUCGGUUGGUCUUUGAUUUUCCUUUUCGGAAGAAUUGUGCUACAAUUGUUAUCAUCGCUAGAAUUCCUUCUCUACUCAUCAAGAAAACAAUUCAAAUUUGAGGGCAUCUCAACGACAGCCUUCAUAGUACUCAAUUAUUCAGUUUUUGUCUACACGUUGGUUUCUGUAAUUUUGAUAAUAAUGGGUUGCGACGUUGCUACUUCAAACAGCCGUAAAACGGCCGAACUGUGUUACAAAUUGCAGAGUUUUUAUCCUCAAGACGCGCCCCAAAGGAAGGAACUGUUGAGAUUUGCGAGUGAAUCUCGAGGAAGCGUUGCGAAAUUUACAGCAGCCGAUUUUUUCGAAAUUGACAGGGGCACAUUUUUUGGGAUUUUGAGUACAACCACUUCAUAUUUUAUCAUAUUGAUCCAAUUUAAUACCAAGAAAUUGUUUGUUUGCUUGCGACAGUACAAGCGUCACAAGUGA